GUAUAGAAUUGACAUAUAUAGAAUUAAGUUACCCAUGUAGAGAGAUGUAUAUGGGGAGUAUGAGACGUUCAAUUUUGUAACCAAUGCUUACUAGUACUAAUAAUUAUUUUAUUGGACAUGGAGUAUUUUAUUUUAUUUUAUUUUGUUGGGCGACGCAGAGCGACAGGCAGCCAUUGACAGCGGCACUGAGGUCGUCCACAGCGUAGCUCUCUGGAGGGUAUGCUAGAUGAUGGCAUGGCUCACGGUCAUUGUUUCAUUUUUUGUACUCUGGAUAGCUUCGUUGUGCAAGAUUCUUCACAAAACACGCUCAUCUUCCAAGGCUACAUUCUUAAAUAAUGGUGCAGGGCUUCGCCGGAAAAAUGCAUUGCUGGUUAUGGCCCAUCCUGAUGAUGAGUCUAUGUUUUUUACUCCAACAAUUAAUUACCUUACUUCCAGGGGCCAUAAUCUACACAUUGUGUGCAUCUCAACUGGUAAUGCAGAUGGCAUGGGAAACAUCAGGAAAGAAGAGCUCUAUCAGGCUUCUGCAGUCCUCAAGGUUCCACUCCAACAAGUGAAGAUCCUGGACCAUCCAGAUUUGCAGGAUGGUUUUGGCAAAGUAUGGAGCUGUGAUUUAUUGGCAAGAAUAAUUGAAGAGGAAAUUCUUAGUCAUGCCAUCGAUUUGAUUAUUACUUUUGAUAACUAUGGUGUUUCUGGUCAUUGUAACCAUCGUGACGUCAAUCAAGGGAUACGCAAGCUCUUGCGUGCCACUGCGGAAAGAGAUCUUGAAGCUUGGGAACUUGUUAGUACCAAUAUAUUGCGCAAGUAUAGUGGACCAGUCGACAUCUGGUUGUCUCUCAUGUAUGCCAUGUAUCAUAAAAAAGGAGAGUUGCAUUGUAUGCUGAAUGAACAUCCACGCAAAAGCUAUAUUGCAAUGGCACAACACAUGAGCCAGUGGAUUUGGUUCCGCAAGCUUUUUGUGCUGUUUUCGAGUUAUACUUACGUGAAUACGCUGAAGAAGAUCAACUAGUAGGUGCAUGGGAUAAGAUACACUGGACAAAGAAGUAACUAACGACUUAUGGAGUACAUCUUGUUGUUUCCCAUAGAUUCUCCUUACAUAUUCUCGAAUUUUAAUCUAAUUUUGAAUAAAUUUGGUUAAAUAUUUAGGACCCAUCUCAACAAGAUGAAUGGUAGUCAAUAUUUAAUUGUUGUUAUAUGCUGGUUCAUCUGGAAGUCCAGGAAUUCGUUCAUAUUUUGAUGAAAAACAGCCUUUUGGGAAAUUUGGUAUUUUGUGGGAUUUCGAUGAGGCAGUGAUUGCUAUGGGCUCGUCUUCUAGAUGGCAAACCGCACCAAGCAAAAGCAUCUAUGAGGAUUCUAUAAAAUCGUUUGAUGAAGCUAUUGUUCCCCAGUUUGGUGCCUUCUCUUUUACCCCUAAGCUUUAAGCCUUUGCUGGUGAAAGAUUUCCCUCCCAGAGGAAUAGGGGUUGUCAAUGAUUGUUUCUCUAUAUUAUAAUUUUGUGGCUAAAGAACAGAAUUUUGUUGUUACUUAACAAAGCAGUUCAGAUUGGGUGAUUCUAUUACAGUGAUGUACUUAUUUUGUAUUUCAUUUUCA